AUGGCACCGGCAACGUUUAAAAUCACCACACCUCUUCCAAACUCCAUCACCCGUCGUUUCACAACUCCCAAUUCAACACCCUCAUGGUCCGAAUUAGAAACAAAAAUCAGAUCCCUUUUUCAAAUAGAACCCCAUGCCUCUAUCGGCCUCGCUUAUACCGACGAAGAGGGUGACGUUAUCACCUUCUCUUCCGAUGCCGAACUUCAGGAAAUCUACGAGGCCAUACGACUGCAAGCUGAGCGAGACGAAGAAAGCCGAGGUCAGUUGAGAAAGUUGCAAGAAACUUUUGACGUUAAGAAUGAGACGUUCAGUAAUCAAUCAGGCGACGGCAACACGGAGUCGAAGAAUGACAACAAUGAAAAUUUCGCGAGUACUCAGACGGUGAUUAAUAGCGGGAACGAAAUAAUUAUGAAAUUUGGACUAUUGGUUAUGCGCCAAACCAAUGCUGAAAGAGAUGAAAGCGUUGAAGAUGAGGAAACCCAAAGAUGCAUUCAGCAGUAA